CUAGCUAUUGUGUAUACACGAGCGCCAUUAGCGACAAUAUCGAUUUAACUCGACUAACACGCUAAGGUAACAUGCUUAUAUGAAUCCGAAUGCAUAAUAUUUUGAAAUACUUUAAUACCAAAGUUAGUUUGCAUUUGGAUGUGUUUAGUAAUAAUUGUCUCAAUUUGGUUCUAAUAUAUACCUCUCCUGUACCUGUACCUGUAGUCGCGAUAAUGGAUAGAUUGAAAAAAUACUCGACUAGUGAAGCGAAAACGUUGCAGUACAUUUAUGAAUCUCAAGAUUAAGUUCGUCAGUCGUAGUUCGAACGCAGUGAUAUGUACUUCAACCCCCACAGGACCGUAUUCAAAGCGCCGAGCCGUUGUCACAUCUCUUAUACAUCGACAAUAAAAAUUGAUUCAUCAUCGAUUCCAUGUACACAUUAUGAGUUUUUAUUGUCCAAUAACAUGACGAAGACUUCGGCUUGUUUCAUCGAAGAAUGCUACAAAUUGAAUAUGCCAGCACCGUCUAUUACUGCAGAAUCUGCCGAAACUUGCAAUAAUAAUCUGAUCCACCUGUCCAAAGAUCGCGCUGCAUCCAUUAUACAGUCUUUUAAAUCUGUACCCAGGUUAACGUUUAUGAAGACGUGGAGCGAUUUACCUGAUGAGAUAAAACAGAUUGAUGAGUAUCGAAAACUCACAUUUUACCUUCACGUAUACUACACCAUAUUGGAAUGUAAAAAACGUGUCAACAAAUCGGAAAACUGUAGUGAUGAUAAAUGCGAUGAAAAUGACGAAAGUUCUAUGGCCGCUUUUCGCAAUUUCUUACUCCAAAGAGGUGCCGAAUUCAGUACAGAAAACGAAUUCUUACCGUACUUUGCGCUGCCAUACGUAUUUGAACCGAUGCAACACCCGUCGUUUAAAAAUUUAUUCAAAGAAAAUCGAUGGUGUGAUUCGCUUAACAAAAGAUUAGAGGAUUUUAUUUUGGAUAUCUCUAUUAAUACGUCGGUGAUUUUAGUACCCAGCAAAGAUGCAGGAAAACGAAAAUUGACGAAAAAAAAAUUUAAAACGCUGUAUAAGGAAUAUAAACCGCUAAACGCCUUGGCCGCCGAACUGUUGAACGCAUUGGAAAAUUCGAUUCGUGGACAAUCAAUUAAUUUGGAAAUUAUUUUAAAAAAUUGUAAUGCUGUGGUGGAAAACAACAACGAUAAUAAAAAAAAUUUAGAAAGUGUUGUUGACGGCCAAUUCGAUUUGGCCAUUUUUAAAAUCAAACUUGAACUUCGAGAUGGUAACAGUACCAAGAACAAAUUACUUAUACUACAAGCCUUGCGUUGGAGAUUGACAAAAUCAGAAAAUAAGACUGACACAGUAUUGAUGAUAAAAAAACACGAUCUAUUGGAUUUGUGUAAAUCCAAAGCCGAACAAGGACUCAUGAAAUGGCUGUUGAUGACAAACGGGCCACAUCCUCUACAACAAAUGAUAUCUAGACUGCUGAACGCCUUGGCGUCAUUCAACAGGGGCCGCAAAUAUUUAACGGGCUCUCCAUUUUUACUGCGUCUGAUCAUAACUCAGCUCAUAUCGUCGCAACAUUUUUGGGACACAAUCACCAGCAACAUGUUGUUAGGAACGUUACAGAAGCUCAGUACGGGAUCACGAGCACGAAAACGGAUGAUUGGAAACGGUUUGGUCACUUGGCUGGCUGACCAACUCAUACGAAAAAGCGAAUUCACCGGUGACCGGAACAAAUACGAGAUGUACGAUCUAGAAUAUAGUCUGGCACUGUUUAUGAACCUCUGCCAAUGUCAUUCGGCCGUCCGGGCUUGUGGCUCACGUGCUCGAAAUCUAUUCAAGAGCUUGAGCGUUUUCAUGACCACUUUAGACGUGGACAUCAUGCCGUGCAUAUCUGGCAUCUUGUACAAUUUGUUCAAAAACCAAGAAAUGAUGGCCAUAGCUAAGGAAGAAGGGGUGACCGGAGUCGUGGAAAAAACGAUUGAAAGCAACAUCAACACGUACCCUUCGGCGGUCGAGCGGUUAGCGGACGUCAGAAAUAUUUUGAUACAAAACGAGCAUCCGGCUUUCGAUCAGUCUUCGUCGGAUGAUGACUACGAUUAUUUCAAUGACGAUAGUGGCGACGAUGACGAUGAUAGCAGCAAUUCCGAUGAAGAUGAUAUAACAGAUGAUGUCGAAAAUUUGGAGGCGGAAUUGGAUGAAGACGAUCCACUUAAGAUUCAGCCCAACGGUGAGGAGUUUCUUGCCAAUUACAAAACGUGUGACAACGCAAAGCAUACAACUUUAGAUCGAUACAAUAUUAAUAAAUGAAAAUAAUAAUACACUCAGUACUCAUGCAAUAUAAAGUUACAAAUAUAUUAUUAUUUAUUUAUUAUAAUAUACCAAAGUAUAUUUUUUCUAUUUUAUCUCAUUUCAGUAUUAUAUAAUGAUAUUUUAAACUUUGUUAUUAUCUAUACGAAAAUAUCAAAUCAGAUUUUUGUUUAACACAAUAUAUUAUAUUGAUAUGUUUAUAAAUUUAUUUAUAUGAAGACUAGAUAUAUUUUACUUUUAUAACAAAAAUAUAAAAACAAGCGAUUGUUAUA